GGGGUGAUUUUGUACAGUUUUACACCAGGAAAUCCAUUUGAAUACAGUUGACUCCCUUAUAGUUCCAGCCUAGUCUCUCCUCCCAAAUACCAAGCUGCCCUUUCGCAUCUCUACUUGGGUGCUCACGAGACAACUGGUCUUAGUUAGGGUCUCUAGUGCUGUGAUAAAACACCAUGACCAAAAUCUGCUUGAGGAAGAAAGGGUUUAUUUGAUCUUACCGUUUGUGGUCCAUCAUCUAAGGGAGUCAGAGCAGGAACCUGCAGGCACUGGAACCGAGGCCAUGGAGUUCUGCUUACUGGCUUGCUCCUUCUGGCUUGCUCCUUCUGGCUUGCUCCGCCUGUUUUCUUAUAGCACCCAGGACCAUCAGCCCAAUGGUGGCCCUGCCCACAGUCCCACAUCAGUCAUCAAUGAAGAAAAUGUACCAUAGGCUUGCCCGUAGGCCAAUCUGAUGGGGGCAUUUUUUCAACUGAGGUUGCCUUUUCCCGCACUCAAGCUUGUGUCAAGUUGACAUAAAACUGGCCAGCACACACUUCAAAUUUAAGGUAUCCAAAACUGAACUUAUAUUUUCCCCAGCUUACUCCUUCAGUUCUUUUUAGCUCAGUGAUAGCUACCCUUCUGGUUCAUGUCAAAAGCAGGCCUUGGCAUUUUCUGAUAGGCGUGUUUGUCCUUCACUUCCAGUUAAUCAAAUCCACUUGGAUUUACUUUCAACAUUUAACCAAAAUCCUAUUCCUCCUUCCUUCUAAGCUGAACCAAGGCAGUGGCUUAUCUUCACAAUGUCUCAAUUCCUUCCUCUCUUUCGAUCUUUUGCAUUUUAGGUCUCUGGCCAUAACCUUUGGAUUUUUAUGUCCAGCUCACUCUUUGCAGCUUCUCAGAACAGGGCUGCUCACAAAAAGGUCAUAAAGGUCAUUGAGCCCAUUUUUUCUUGAAUGUCAGUAGAUAGGGGAUUAGCAUAGUCCUGUGAAGAUUAGAGAGAUGACAAGCAGUCUUCCUGUCCACCUUUGCGGGGUGGGGAGGAGGGGGCCCUGAGAAAGUGUAAGGCCUGAAGGUUUCUCAAGUGGGAGUAGGGCAAUGAAUGCUUUGUAAAGUGUCGACCCACCCCAGCCACAAGGCGAAGUCUGCAGAUGGAAGGAAACGCUGAGGAUCUGAAUGGGGGAGUCUGGGGCUUGGGGCAUUGGAGCACAAGAGCAGUGCGAACAGCACAUCUCAUUUUUAUUACUAGAGCGAGAAAUGCAUAAAGUGAUGGUUAUAGUUAGUUUAACACAUACAAAUGCAGUGAGGGAACAUACCUGGUGUUCUGUUUUCUGAAUAUUACUUUUGAUCACAUGAGAGAGUCAAGAAUACUCCCAGGCCUUUGCCUUUCCCACAGAGAUACUGUGGACAUGCCAGGGCUUCCCUUCAUGUCCUUGCUUUCAAAUAUGCUCAUUUCUCAUAGUUUCUGCAGUUCUUUCUAGAAGGACACCGUGUGGGAAGAACAUUCUGCAAUCUGCCCCAGUUACACAGGUCCCCACAAAGUGUCUUUCUGUGUUAGGCUUGUUUGGUAGUUUUCUGUGCAUGAUAUUGGGAUUGAGCUCAGGGUCUUGCUUGCACCAUGCAAGCACUCUGCCCCUGAGCUGUCUCCUUUGCCCUUGGCCUCUCAAGUGCUAGAAUUGUGAGCAUGUACCACUAUGUCUGACACUAAUGGUGCCACACCACCACUGCUGCCUCCUAUUAAAUCACUAACUUCUCUUACAUCUUUUCCUCCAAAACGGAAAGGGUCUCAUAGGCUUCCUACCUCCAUCAUCCCUGAGCCAGUACAUGUCCACUGAUUGUAGGCCCUGCUCUGACUGAGCAUCACUCGAGGCUGCUAGUGUUAACUAUCCUGCUCCAAAGAGAAAAAUGAUCUGAACUGGCUGUGGUGGUGCUAAUCUGUAAGUUCAGCACUUGGGAGGCAGAGGCAAAAUAAUCAAGUUCCAAGCCAGUUUGGGAUACUGUCUAAGGGUUUCUAUUGCUGCAAUGAAACGCCAUGAACAAAAAGCAAGUUGGGUGGGAAAGGGUUUGUUUGGCUCACACUUCCACAAUGUAGUCGGUCCAUCAUUGAAGGAAGUCAAUACAGAAACUUAAGCAGGGCAGGAAUCUGAAGGCAGGAGCUGAUGCAGAGGCCAUGGAGGGGUGCUGUUUACUGACAUCUUCUACUUGAUUUGCUCAGCCUGCCUUCUUAUAGAAACCAGGACCCAGGGAUGGCACCACACACUUGGACCGGGCCAUCCCACAUCAAUCACUAAUUAAGAAAAUGCUCUACAGCAUUGGUUCUCAACCUUCCUAAUGCUGCAACCCUUUAAUACAGUUCCUCAUGUAGUGACAUCCAACCAUAAAGUUAUUUUCCUUGCUACAUUAUAACUAAUUUUGCAGAAGCAGAAAUUAUAAAUGUAAUUUUGGAACUGCUACUCCUUUGAGCAUCCUUGCCCUGACCACUCACUGCUUUGCUAAUUUUUCUCUGACCUUAACAACUGCUCAUUUUCUCCCCACUAUCCCUGUUUUUCACUGUUUUGGAUUUUUGUUUUAUUUUGAGACAGGCCUCACUAUGAUCCCUCUGCCUUGGCCUCCUGAGUGAUGGGGUUGUAGACGUGUACCAGCAUACUAGAAUUUCUAACCUUUUUGAGUUCCUCUGGUCCAGUUGCUAGCUUUAGUUGUACAUUGCUGCUUCUCUUCCUGAUUAUGUCCCCACAGAUUAUGAAACUCAUGUUCUUGGUGGAGGUCCCUACAAAAUCCAACAGGGCAGGAUGCUAGCUGGGGGUUGGGGGAGGUGGUCAGCACCACUGUGGCCUGUGGGAAGGAUGUAUGAUGUGGAGAACAGUAGGCUCUUCUCCACUCAUCAGGAGUUUUAGAGACACCAGGUUGAGGUGCCUCUCCAUUCUGUAGCAUUGCAAGGGGAGCUAGGAACUUAUUCUUAGGGCUGCAGUCUUCCCACAGAGCCACCCUCUCAGAGAACUCUGCUGCCUGCCUUUUAUUGUUACCUUUUCCUCCACUUCCCUCACCAAAUUUGAGGAAGCUGGUUUACUUCUGCAGCAUGGAUAUAAAACUCAAAGCCUAUAAGAAAGCAGUCUUUUAGUAUUAAAGAAUAAAGUGAAGUGAGUGUGGACCGCAGCAUACGGGAAAUCACCUGCCAUGUCUGAGGGCAGUUACUCACUUCUAGCUGAGUGUGUCAUGUAGGGUCAUGAUGACACGGUCCCUGUACCUUAAAUGUUGGUCUAUUUUGAACAGUUGUAAAUACUGUGCAGUUGUGGUGGUUUGAACUAGAAUGUCCCCCGUAGGCUCAGAUGUUUGAAUACUUGGUCUCCAGUUAGUGGCGCUGUUUGGGUAGUUUCAGGAGCUGUGGCCUUGCUGAAGGAGGUAUGUCACCGGGGUCGUGCCUUGAGAUUUCAAAGCCAUGCACCGUUCUCAGUUCGCUCUUUAUUUCCUGCUAGUAGUUCAAGACGUGAGCUGUCAGCUGUUCCUGCUGCCAUGCCUGCCGUCUGCUGCCACAGUUCCUUGCCCUGGUGGACUCUUAUCCCUUUGGAACCAUAAGCUCAAAAUAAACUCCUCUAUAAGCUGCUUUGGUCAUGGUGUUUGUUGCAGCAUUAGAAAAGUAACAGGCAGGGUUGUGUGGUGAUAUUUUAUUCGUGCUCUAACAAAUAAAGCUUGCUUGGGGAUCAGAGGAAAAAAGCCAGCCACUAUAUUAAAUACAGAGUGGUAACACAUGCCUUUAAUCCCAGCAUUCGGAGGCAAAGAUUCAUUUGGAUCUCUGUGAGUUCAAGGCCACACUUCGAACAGAGUCAGGCAUGGUGGCACAUGCCUUUAAUCCCAGCACUAGUUAACCAUAGAGGUCUGGAGGUCUAUACAGACAGACAGGAAGUAAUAGAGCUGGGGGGAGAGAGGAAGUAAGAUGAUAGGGUACAGAAAGGUACAUAGGCGAGAGUAUACGGGAAGUAGCUCCCUUGGGCUGAGGAUUUCCUAGCAGUAAGAACUUGUGGCUUGCCUUGUUCUAUUCCUCUGAUCUCUCAGUUUUCACCCCAAUAUGUGGCUCCAGGUUUUUUAUUAAAAAGACUGUUCAUGUUACAGGGUUGAUUUUGUUGUUUGUUUGCUUUGUUUUUCUCCUGGAGACUGCUGAGGAGAAUGUGCUUCAUGUCUGUCUCCAGGGUCUAGCAGCUGAUGUCAGUGCCUGCUGACUGCUCUGGGCUCUUGUCAUCUCAGACCUGCCAUUUCUGUCUACUUUCAUGUGAUCCUCUCUGUUUCUUAAUAUCUUAUCUCUGCCUUCACCUGCCUCACAUAAAUGCAACUGAGACUGAAUUUACAGCCAAACCUCAAUUCAGGCAUAAGAUUCCAGGGGAGAAAUUCCAGUUCCCUGCAGUGCCUAGUUUCCCAGUCUGAUAGUCAAGUGGGAAGGGUGUAUUGUCUCUUCAGAGCGUCUUCAUCCCUGCCAGGAAACCUUCCCUUUCCAGCUUCAUCCCUGGAGACCGGGAAGGAGCAGGAUGGCAGCGACGACUCGGCAGAACCUGAGAUGCUGUGCAGCGUGGAACACCCCAGCCAGUUCUUCGCUGAAGCGCAGAGGCUGCGGGAGCAGAAGCUGCUGCUGGAUGAAGAGGUGUCAGUAGGGGGACAGGUAUACGGGGUGCAUCGGGUGAUCUUGGCAGCAAUUAGCAGCCUCUUCCAAGGCAGGCUGCUGGACGGUGGAGGUCAGCAGCCUCGCUUCAGCCUCGACGUGACCCGGAGGGGCUGGGAGGCUGCGCUGACCUUUGCGUAUGAGGGGGUGCUGGGCCCCGCCACGCAGGACGAAGUGCUGGCUGCUGCAGAGGCGCUGGGAGCGCCCCGGGUGAAGAACGCGGCCCAGCUGAGGCCAGAAGGGCUUGGCAAAGCCAGGGAAGAUGAAGAGAAGCUCAGCCAGGCAGAGGAGCUGAGGGAGAGCCUGCACAGCAUUGAGCGUCUGUAUCGAGAGGGCAUCGGGUGCGACCUGGAGCUGGAAGCAGAGGGCUACCGCCUGCGGGUGCACCGAGUAGCCCUGGCCUGUGGCAGUGAGUUCUUCGGGGCCAUGCUUCUGAGUGGGAUGAGGGAGUCCCAGGGCACAAAGGUGUCUCUGCGUACCAUCUCUUCUCAAGACCUGAGGUUCCUCGUUUCUUUCGCCUACUCUGGAGUGGUACGAGAAAGAUGGCCAGGAUUGCUAAGAGUCGCCCAGGCUGCGCUGCAGUACCAAAGCUCCUCCUGCCUGGAUUUGUGUCAGAGAGCCUUGGCUCAAAGCCUCUGCCCUGCCCUUUGCCUGGCUUUGUUUCCUAUGGUUGAAGCCCCUGGUUUGGAGAAAGUCUGGGGGAAAGCCCAUCAUUACCUCCUCACUCAUCUGCCUGCUGUGGCUCUGUGCCCUGCUUUCCCGGCGUUACCCGCCACCUGCCUGGCGGAGCUCUUGGACAGUGAUGAGCUCCAUGUACAAGAAGAGUUCGAGGCUUUCAUGGCUGCACGGCGUUGGCUGGCUGCCAACCCCGAGACCCAGGAGUCAGAGGCCAAGGCCCUGCUGCGAUGUGUCCGCUUUGGCCGCAUGUCUACCAGGGAGCUGAGAAAGGUGCGGGCAGCUGGGCUCCCCCCUCCUCUGUCGGCCGAGCUGCUGUACCAGCUGAUGGUAGAAGCUGAAAUCCCAGGGCAAGAGAGGUGCAGGGAGCCUGACCAAGCACUGGUGGUGAUUGGCGGGGAUGGGCUUAGACCUAACAUGGACCGAAGACAGCCAUCUUGCAAAGUGUGGUGGGCCCGGGCUUUCCACUGUGGCAUGGGUCUGGUACGAACUGUGGAAUGGUGCCGGCUGCCUGACCUGCCUGCCCCGGGGCGCUUCCGGCAUGGAGCUGCGAGCCUCACAGGAAGUGAACUCUACGUGUGUGGGGGACAGGAUUACUACAGCCACUCCAACACUCUGGCUUCAACUCUCAGGUGGAGCUCCAGUCAAGAAGGCUGGGAGGAAAUGGCACCUUUGUGCCAGGCUCGGAGCUUCUUCCCUCUGGUGGUGUUUGAUGGACAACUUUAUGCCCUGGGUGGACGGGACAAUGGUGUUGCCCUUAAUUCUGUUGAGACCUAUAUCCCUGAACUCAAUGUCUGGAGGCCAGCACCAGCUCUUCCGGUACCAUGUUUUGCCCACGCGGCUGCAAUCCUCGAGGGCCGAUUGUAUGUAAGCGGCGGCUAUAGUGGGACCGGCCACUUCUUGGACUCACUGAUGCUCUAUGACCCCAAACUUGAGAAGCCGGAGACACUUUUGAGCCCAAUGGGAGUAGCUCGGGCCAGUCACGUGAUGGCUGCUCUGGGUGGGAGGUUGUAUGUGGCAGGUGGGAUAGGAGACACUGGGGACCUCCUGAGCUUUGAGGUCUAUGAACCAAAGACUGAUAGCUGGACUCACCUGGCACCCUUGCCCUCCUCCCAUGUGGGGGCUGCCGGUGCUGUGCUCCAGGGGGAGCUACUAAUACUGGGGGGCUAUAGCCACCGUACUUAUGCCAUCUCCCACCUUGUCCAUGCCUACUGCCCCGGUCUGAACCGCUGGCUGUGCCUGGGAACUCUGCCAAGACCUCGGGCUGAGAUGCCUGCCUGCGUCUUGACAUUGCCCAGUGUGCGGCACAUAGCUUUGGUCCCUACUCAGCACCAAAACAAACCUGCUGGAUGAUUGAGGACCAGCAGUAUGUGAGGGAGGGAGGGACAAGAAUACCAUCACAAAAGGACGGAAAUUAUGAGAGGAUAGAAAAAUUGUACUUGCUGGCUUACUUUUAAAAUUUAUUAUCGUUAGAAACGUUCUUGUUAUGGUAGCUCUGGCUGGCCUUGAACUUGAUGUGUAGCCUGGGCUGGCCUCAAAGUCCUGCCUCAGUCUCCUGAGUGCUGGGAUUGUAUGCACUACCCCACCUUGAUUGAGAGGUCUGAUGAUGAUUGACAGGGUCUCUUGUAUCCCAGGGUGCCUCACAACUCCCUAUGUAGUCAAGGAUGACCUUGAGCUUUUAAUCCUCCUGCCUCCAUCUUGAAAGAACUGGAUUCACAGGCAUGUACUGCCUCACGUGGUUUGUGCCAGAGAUCAAUGCUCAGCAGGUACGCUACCAGCUUAGCUACUUCCCUAAUCCUAAAAGAAGGCUCUAUUCUUUUUUUAUUUGCUUAUUUUGUUUUUAAAUGGUUUAAUAUUUAUUUUAUAUGUAUGAGUGUUUUGCUUGCAUGUAUAAUGUGAACCACAUGCUUAUCUGGUGCCUGCAGAGGCCAGAAGAGGGCAGCAGAUCCUCUGGAACUGGAAUUACAGAUGGUGGUGAGCAGCCAUUUGGGUGCUGGGAACUGAACCCUGGUCCUCUAGAAGAGCAGCAAAUGCUCUUAACCUCUGAGCCAUCUCUCCAGCCCCUUAUUUUGUGUUUUGAGGCAGUCCCAUUAUGUACUGUAGAUGAGGAUGCUUUAUUCUUGUUAGUAUUUUACUCCAUACUGGACCUUGCAGCUCAUAAACUGCUUUUGUAUAUAUGAUUUCUACUAAGGAAAAGGUGGUUCUGGAACUCAUGGGAAAUGGGCCUUGGGAGAAGGACUGGCAAAUAAAUACUCAGGCAAGAGAGGCAACCAGGAAGAACUCCACAAGGAUUAUUGAGAAAUUUUUGAUGAAAGAAGUACAGUGAGUUGGGAGCUAAAGAUGAAACUCAUUGAUAGAAUGCCUACUUAGCAUGGGUAAGGUUCUGGUUCAAUACUCUGGCAUAAAAAAAAAAUUAAAACUACAAAACCCAAACUUCAUUAGUCAAAGUAUAGGGACCAGGAGAGGACAUUGGGACAAUUGGGAAAUUGAUAGAGGAGUAUGGAAAGAACUAAACUGUCCCCCGUUUCUUGGCACUUACUCAUUUUACUCUCCCGUUCAGCAUACCUAAAUCCUUCCAACACUAUUCUUUCAAGGUAGUUUUGUAGGCCCAUGCUUGGCUCCAUGGGCUGCCUGUAGAGUCUUCUGGUUCCCACUGGAGACAGAAAUCCCCAUGAGGUCUAGACAUGGUGGUGCACACUGGGAACCCUGGCAUUUAAGAGGUGGGAUCGGGAGGACCAAGACUUGAGACUGUCUCAAGAGAACUAGACCCAACCAACCAAGUCACCAUGAAGGGGAAGCUCCCACCAAGACUUGGACCACAUAGGGACCUGAAGCUGGGGUAAGAUGGGAGUAUUCAUGGGGGGAGGGAGGAGAAAGACACAGGCCAAGGAGGGAGUGUCCAUGGUGGCAAAUGGAAAGUAUGAGGCUGAGAAGAUGGGGAGAAUCCUCUUCAGUGUCUUUCCUUCCCUUUGAUGAACUCAAGAAACAGGACUAGAGAAAGGACAAUUGUGUGAGGUGCUGUGGGAUUAAGAGGGUGGGAGAGCAUUGGUGAGGAAGGUGAAGGCCAAGAAGACUUGGGAAAGCACUGUCUUCUUGUCAGUCCCUUCCCCUCAUAUCAUGUUGAACUUAUUUCCCUCUAUUUUUUUUUGUUUAGGUUUUUGUUUGUUUUAGACAUGGUCACAUAUAGCCUAGGCUAGUCUUGACCUCAUUAUGUAGCUGAGAUGACCUUGAACUUCUGAUCCUCCUGCUUCCAACACCAGAGUGCUGGGAUUACAGGUGUGGGCUGCCAUGUUGAACUAUUUGUCUCUGUUUAAGAUAGACAAGUAAUACCGUUGAAAAUGGAAAAGGUUAAGUACAAUGUGUGAAAGAGAAGAUUGAAGCAGAGAAGGAAGGAGGAAACUGGGGGAUGAACAUUUUGCUUGUGAUGUGUUGAUAAAGAUGUCUGUGAAUAAAGGUUUCAUACUGAUGAAGUCA